AUGGUUCAAUCAUCAGCCUUUUCAAAAGAAAUUAAUCACUUGAACAAUGGGAGUCCUAUUCCAGACAACAGUCGUUUGAUACCCCUAAAUCCUUUCCUUGAUUCUACGGGGAUUAUUCGAGUCGGUGGCCGACUUGCUCACUCGGACUUAUCGGAGGGACAACGUCAUCCUAUAUUACUACCCUCAAAUCAUCACAUCACGCAAAUUAUUAUAAGAGCCGAGCAUGUAAAGUUACUCCAUGCCGGCACUCAAACGACGCUAUACUCCGUUCGACAAACGUAUUGGCCGUUAGACGGUCGCAAUAUCACGCGAAAAAUUAUACAUCAGUGUAUAACUUGCUUUCGAGUCAAACCUCGCGUGGCUGAUCACCCAAUGGGCGAAUUGCCCUCAUAUCGCGUAUCUAUAGCGCGCCCUUUUCUUCGCGUAGGCGUCGAUUAUUGCGGACCAUUAUACAUUAAAGAAAAACGUCAUCGCAAUCGGCAAAGGGUAAAAGUUUACGUGGUGGUCUUCGUCUGUAUGGUCACAAAGCCGGUGCAUCUUGAAAUCGCAAGCGAUCUCACAAGUGAGACCUUUAUCGUGGCUCUAAAGCGCCUUUUUUCUCGACGUGGAAAGUCUACCGACAUUUUCUCGGAUAACGCUACUAACUUUGUAGGUGCCAAUCGUGAGCUAGAGGAAGUUUAUAAUCUCGUGCAAUCCACGGAACAUAAGAACUCUAUACAGAAAUAUGCUGAAAAGGAAAAAAUAAAGUGGCAUUUUAUUCCUCCCAGAGCCCCGCAUUUUGGAGGACUUUGGGAGGCUGCCGUCAAAUCCUUUAAACACCAUUUAGUACGCACCGUGGGUGAUACAUUGCUCACAUAUGAUCAACUUGAAACAUGUAUGGUAGAAAUUGAGGCAAUUUUAAAUUCUCGCCCUAUAUCUCCCAUGUCCUCGGAUCCCAACGAUCCUCUGCCCUUAACUCCUGGUCAUUUUCUUAUCGGUAGUCCUCUGACGAGCUUCCCAGAAGAAGAUUGGACUGACACCAAUUCAAAUCGACUGUCCGCAUGGCAACAUGCGCAGCAGAUCAAGCAGCACUUCUGGCAACGGUGGUAUAAGGAAUACCUCCAUCAACUUAUUAAUCGUUCAGGAAAAACAAAGGAGCACAAUAAUCUUCAGCUCGGCACUCUAGUGCUGAUUGCCGAAGACAAUCUACCUCCUCUUCAGUGGCUCAUCGGACGUAUUAGCGCAAUUCAUCCAGGGAAGGAUGGCAUAGUCCGGGCCGCCACUGUCAAGACCAACUCCGGAGAAUACAAGCGUUGUACGAAGAAACUGUGUCCAUUGCCGUUUGAGGGAGACGUCCAAGAUUAA